GCCCGAGUGCAUGCUGCGCGGUUUCUUAACUCGACAAAGCAAGACCAUAAACUGCAUAUAUUAUGCUACGUGCAUUUUCUAACUGGAGAUAAUACAUUUGCUGACGCAAUAAUUAGGAUCCUUUAAGAUUUGGGAGAAGACACGGCCAUCGCUUAGUAACAAUCCGAAUUUUUCGCUGGAAACCCAGCCAGCACACAAUUCAAAAGAAUUGCCUAGUAGUGUGUCACUACACAAUUUUUUCCUUCCUUUUUCUUUCUACUACAAUUCAUGAAUGCUUUUCUGUGGCUUCUCAUAUUGAGUGCUGGCAUGGUCUUUGGAUCCGUGUUGGCAGGCCUUUUGCCACUGACCACCAAGUUGUCCGAGAACCAGCUGCGUUACUUGAAUAUCUUUGGCGCAGGUAUGCUUCUUGGCACUGCUUUGGUUGUCAUCAUUCCCGAAGGCGUGGAAACCUAUUACGAUGCUUUGCAAAUAUCCGCCACCGACAAUGAAGAAGAAGCUAAAGAUCAUCACCAUGUCGGUAUUGGUUUGGCACUGUUAUUGGGAUUCGCUCUCAUGUCUGUCAUUGAUAACAUGUUUUCGUUGCAUGGCCAUGCUCGACCGUCAUCGUCGUCUACCUUGGAGUAUAACGAGUUAUCCACAGUCCCAGACCAAGACGAUACACCUGAUAACCAGUCUCACCCAUUUGGCCAAGUUCACAAUGGUAUCAAACCGAGAACGACUUCGUCGGCGGCCACGGUCGCCCCGGUUAUAGGGCUCAUGGUCCACGCCAUGGCCGACGGUAUUGCGCUGGGUGCUUCUGCGUCGCAGCCGCAACUGUCCGUAUUGAUCUUUUUGGCCAUCAUGAUGCAUAAAGCGCCGGCCGCUUUUUCGCUGGUGAUGAUGUUGCUUUACGAAGGUGUCGCACGUACCCAAGUCAAGCUACAGUUGUUUCUGUUUGCCAUUCAAGCACCUGUGGGGGCGAUCCUGACGUUCCUCGUGCUUCAUUUGAUCCCUUCCGUCCAACUGGAUCGCAUCGGUUUUUGGACGGGCUUGUUACUUAUUUUCUCGGGCGGCACCUUUUUAUUUGUGGCAAUGCAUGCACUUCAGCAAGCCAACUAUGAUCAUCAGCGUGGAUCGGCUCAAAAACUUACCACCGUACAGUUGCUGACCUUGCUCACCGGCAUGGUUGUUCCCUUUAUUCUCAGCCUCACCCAUUCUCACUGAUCAUUUCACUUGUAUAUCCAUUUGUCCCUAUUCACACACCCUUUACUUCUACGCAGGCUUCAUUUCAUCAUGUAAAUAUGACUUUUUUUUUUCCUUUUUACCAUCAUGCCACAAUGUUGAAAUAAACUCAAAAUUCAUGAAC